GCGAGGUGGGGGAUGAGGGGCACAACCGAGGAAGCAGCGCCCCACCCGGCUCCCCGGGCUGGGAGGCCCCGAAUUGAGGGUUCCACCUGCAGGAUCACGCACCUCUGGCCCUGUGCUCAAGGCAUGCCGUCGGUGUAGGCAGCCUUGGCCGGGUUGCCUCUCCGUCACGCUGAACCGGACGGAGGUCGCCAGGCCCUGGACUGCCUCGUCCUGGGUUCUCGCGUCGCUGGGAAUGUUGGACGGGUAACACUACUUGAGCGGAGAAGAUCCAUGCUCUCCCUACGCCCCCAUUCGGACGGCUGGGGGACUUACCACGCUCUGCCUGGGAGAAUCUUCGGUCCCUAGAAAAAAAGAGUCCAUUCACCCUCUACAAUUUCUAUACCGUAUCUUCAUUAAAAUGUCAGAAGGAUACACCCUAAAAUUGGAGACCAGAGCACUGGGGGCCGUGCAAAUCAUGAAUGGCCUGUUUUACUGCGCGUUGGGCUUUCUCUGUUUUGCAUUAUUUGUCGAAGAAGAGAACAGAGAAGCUACUGGUUAUAUCCCUGUCAUUGUUACACUAACUUACGUAUUUUGUUCAUCAACAUUUUUCAUCAGCUCGGGCUCCAUCAGCAUACAAGCACAGAAGCAUCCUACAAAAUCCAAGCUUAUUGCUAGCAUGGUUAUGAACAUCCUAAGUGCCUGUUUUUCUGUACUUGGUAUAAUGAUAUUAAGUAUUGCAAGUUUAACGUAUUAUCCAGACACCAAUGAAUACCUGUGGUCACAUAUAGCUGGUAGUAUGCUUUUACAAUAUGUACUCUUCACCACGAUCGUGGAAGUGAUCUGUGCAUACGUGACUGUCAAGUGGAUUGAAGCAGCAAUGCGUCCUGUAGAAUGCAGUGAGAUAAGUCCAUAGCUGUCGCAGUGCAGUGUCUCCACAUAACCCACCAAGAACCAGUAAGAUUAAUCGUGAACUGGGGAAGAACUCCGCGAUUGUUCUCAAGAGGCCUCGCGGAAAAUACAGGCUACUGAAGUCCUUCCCAGGGCGCCUUCUCCCUACUUCUUCAAUAAAGGAUGCAAUCUGAUCACAA